CCCCUGAUUUCCGUCGGAGCACGAUGUAGGCGACUGGGCGCGAGCGUCUCCGGCGAUCAUCUUAAUUUGCUGCCUGCUCUGGACGAUCCCUCCUGGCCAGAUCUAUAAUGCCGCUUCCCGGCACACAAGAGGACGACGCAUCGGGAUCCAGGUCGAGGGCAAGAAGGCGGCUGAAGGAAUCCACAUCAACACCUCCUGUGCUCCGCCUUGGCAGCGCACCCGCAGCCACGCCGACGUCUGGAACCCGGCUGGAAAGAAGGAAAAGGAGUGCUGCGUCCACGAAGAAAAAAUCCAGGAGGGGGAAAAAGAGGAUCCGCGGGGAGCGAGAAGAGGAGGACAGAGAAGCGAAAAAGAGAGAUCUUGGGAGGGAGGAGGAGGAAGAAGAGGUGGUGGUUUCAUCUGCGCCCAGCUCGCCACUUUGCGAGCCAUACCUCCCUGGUGACGGGGUGAUAUAUAGCAGAAUUUACCAUCCGGAGAUAUACAAGGCCUUUGACGCUGAAAUGUCCAGUUACCGGCAAAAAAUAGCUGCCCAGUUUGAUCUGCCCACCCUUGAGUUCUUCACAGCUUCCACAUGCCUGUCUGCUGAUCCUAAACUUCUUCCUCGACGUGAAUCUGGAAGAGAAGCAGUGCUUCGUUCUGCUCAUUAUGUCCUGGGGCUUUCAUCCUUUGUUAAUAAUACACUGCUAAGAAGGUGCUCUGGAUUCUGGAUUGAACUGGAUUCUGCUAAGGAGAUAGGAACACUGCUUAUUUUCAUGCUUUAG